AUGUCUCGACUAGCAAAUCGUGCUGGCGACUGGGCCGACGAUGAGGAGUUUGACGAUGCCGCUUCCCUGCCCGCGCAGCAAGUUAUUUCUAACAAGGACGGCACUAAGACCGUGAUAUCGUACCGGUUCAAUGAUGAUGGCAAGAAAGUGAAGACGACGCGACGCAUUCGUACAACUGUUGUCAAAGAGCACGUAAAUCCACGUGUUGCUGAGCGCAAGGGAUGGGCGAAAUUCGGCUUAGAGAAGGGUCAUCCUCCUGGGCCAUCUCUUGAUACCACUUCAGUCGGAGAAAAUAUAAUUUUCAGGCCUUCUGUGAAUUGGAAAUCCCAGGCCAAAGAGGCGGAGAAGGCAGGUGGCGAGAAGGGUGGAUUGAAGGAUCAGUUAAAAGAUAAGAAGGUGAAAUGUCGUAUUUGUAGCGGGGAGCAUUUCACGGCCAGAUGUCCCUUCAAAGACACCAUGGCCCCCGUUGAUGAACCGACUGGUGCGGCUGGCCCGGAUGCUGAGGAUGAGGAGAAGCCUGCCGGUGGUUUGGGCACUGGUGGAAGUGCUUAUGUUCCUCCUGCGCUUAGGAAGGGCGGUGCUGGUACUGGAGACAAGAUGGCAAGCAAAUAUGAGAGAGAUGAGCUGGCUACGCUACGCGUUACAAACGUGAGCGAACUCGCCGAGGAAGGAGAGCUUCGUGAUAUGUUUGGCAGAUUCGGACAUGUCACCAGAGUCUUCCUGGCCAAAGAUAAAGAGACCAAUAUGGCGAAAGGCUUUGCCUUUAUCAGUUUUGCAGAUCGAGCAGAUGCUGCUCGAGCCUGUGAAAAGAUGGAUGGCUUUGGUUACCGGCAUUUAAUUCUACGCGUCGAAUUCGCGAAGAAAACAACAUAA